AGUCAUAAGGACCCAGAGGAAGAAUUCGUGAGAACCUGGUAUUGAAGCUCUUGCAGAUUGUUGAAAUGAAAACAAUUUAGGAAAAUAUACAGCAUGCUUUGGAUAGUCUUGAAUGAUACACAACCAACAUUUUGGUGUAUUUCCUGUUUGCUACUCUGAUCUGAUAAACUAUUUUUCACUGGAAAGUGAACCUUUCAAAAAGAUUGUGUUUGCAUUUUUGAGUGUCUUGCCAUCUUUCAUGUGUGUGAAAUGUGUUUUGAAUGCUCCUCAGAAGCUGUUGUAUUGAAUGAGUGUUCAUGUUUUAAACCUAGUUUUGUUUAUUAAAUGUAUUUCUCAUUUGUGUCUGCUGCAGCCAGAAACACGAUCCACAACCAUCUCUCAGAUGUUUUCCAAAGCCACAAAAGCCUUCGUGAAGGACACAGAUCAUAAUGGACGCCUUAUCCCUGUGUCCAGUCUGAACGACACAGACAAACUGAAUCUCCGAUCACUCAUUGUCAAGACCAGGCCCAGAUGCUUCUGGCAGAAACCCAAAUACCAGUCCCCUGGCUUUACCCUCAGUGAUGUCUUGAAGCCAAGAGAGCCUGGAGACUCACCUUUAAGCCCAAGUAAGCACCAGAGCAGCCCAUUAGUGAAGAAUAACUAUGGGUUGUUGUUGUUCUAAGAUAUCUGACCAUUGAUUUUCAUUAUUUAUCCUACUCUUGUCUUUCUGAAUAGAUUAUGAAAAUGAUCGGGUUGUGGAUGUAGCUGUUAUAUAUAUAUAUAUGUUGUGGUAUAAUAACAUAGAAGAGUCCUUUCUAAUGUUGAAUGUUCCUUCAGCUGUCAAGGAGUGUGACUUUGUGGACUACAGUGGGACAUUUGGUGACAAGAAAGAAAUGAACGCAGACGGAAACGUGCAGGCAAAGGUGGCUGGUUUCAAACAUACCGUGGGAGGGAAAUGGUCCACCAAACAGAAGCUGUCCCUUGGCAGCCUGAACAAAGAGAAGGUUGAUGUGAAGGAGUUAUAUAACUACUCAAAAGACAGGUGAGUUACCCUAUACUGGACGUAUGUUCAAUACAGUCAUAUACAGUCAUAAUACAUCAUACAGUUCACCUUCCCAAGGAGACAAUUUUUAGACCCAAGACCAGCGGGCAACAAUGGUUGCAAUGACAUCAGACAAGUAUCUUUUAUGUAAAAAUGACAUUUUCUGGUUUAAGUACUUUCAGAUAACAAAUAAGUGGAACUGUACUGGUUUAACAACUUCCUUAAAGUUGUUAAACUUUAAGGAAGUUAACUGAAAACGAACUGUUUUCACUAUUAGUUUAGCUUAAAGGAACAAUCUGUUAUUGGUACAUCAAUUUUUUUACUUUUAAAGUAUCUUUCCAGUGUUUCUAGAUUUCUAUGAAAUCUGACGUACUGUAUAAUGGGCCCCUCCUGCAGAGUUCUGGACAUGUCACAUCCUGUGAUCAAGCAGACCCGUGUGAAUCCCAGGGCAGUGUUAGGCGUCUUGACAGAGAGGAUUAUGACAUCACAACCUUGCCCGGUCACAACCAAAGUCCGGAAGCGCGGCAAUGUAGGAGCCAACGUGAGCACCUGUGUUGGCCCUGAGAGGGAAGGUAGGAGGAAAGAUUAACAAGCGUUCUACUGAAAUGAAUGAUGUUUUCAUCAUAUUUUCAUGAGUGGAAAAACAUAAUAAUGUAUAACUGACAACUCAGAUUUAGAUGAUCUCUGUUGUAAAAUAGAUUUUAAAUCUCAAUAAUCUCACUUUAUGAUAGCUAGGCCUACAUAAAUAAUGUAGAUGUCAAGACCAUAUUGACAGAUCACAGAUGUCUGUUCAAUAGUGAUAAUACCCACAGAUGUCUGUUCAAUAGUGGUAAUACUCACAGUCUGUUUAGUAGUGAUAAUACCCACAGAUGUCUGUUCAGUAGUGAUAAUACCCACAGAUGUCUGUUCAGUAGUGAUAAUACCCACAGAUGUCUGUUCAGUAGUGGUAAUACUCACAGAUGUCUGUUCAGUAGUGAUAAUACCCACAGAUGUCUGUUCAAUAGUGGUAAUACUCACAGAUGUCUGUUUAGUAGUGAUAAUACCCACAGAUGUCUGUUCAGUAGUGAUAAUACCCACAGAUGUCUGUUCAGUAGUGAUAAUACCCACAGAUGUCUGUUCAGUAGUGGUAAUACUCACAGAUGUCUGUUCAGUAGUGAUAAUACCUACAGAUGUCUGUUCAGUAGUGGUAAUAGUCACAGAUGUCUGUUCAGUAGUGGUAAUACUCACAGAUGUCUGUCCAGUAGUGGUAAUAGUCACAGAUGUCUGUUCAGUAGUGGUAAUACUCACAGAUGUCUGUUCAGUAGUGGUAAUACUCACAGAUGUCUGUUCAGUAGUGGUAAUACUCACAGAUGUCUGUUCAGUAGUGGUAAAUGCUGUAGCCCUGGUUUCCCACAUAGAUCAUUUCCUGUUUUUGUCAUUAGAUCUACUUCCUGAAAAUGAAAUGGUGUAGUAGAGGUGACUGUCUGGGUUAGAAUCUGGGUCGUCUGUGCACCAAACGUCUCUGACUGAUUUGACAUUUUCUCCACAGGCCUCUAUGAAGCAGAGCGGCAGUACUCAGACAGAGAGUGAUGUGUCACUGGUUAUUCCUGCAAAUACUGUCAUGGCCUACAGUCUGAUUGAACUCUUUGUCAAAUGCAAUGGACAGUUUGGUGAGGAAGUGUAUGGUUUUUCAAUUGCAAUGUCCCAGGUAUAGCUGCAUGGUUAAGUACCAUGGUAAAGUACACCGCCAGCUUCUAUGUUCCUCAGUGUAUUUAGUACAGCCACUGUAUCUGUCUGUGUGUGACUGGUUAUGGCUGUUGUCUGCUCUUGUCCACAGAGCUGUGCCUCAUCUGCAACAAAGGGGGCUUUGAAAUGGAUAAGUCAAAGGAUGGGUUUGAAGUAGAUGGAAUUAUGGACCUGGUAUGUGACUUUGAUGCCAACAGCCCCCUAAAUCUGAAGAAAGGUAAUAAUGCCAAUGGAGGCUAAUGUCUCCUGUCUAGUGGUCAACAUGCAGUCUACUGAAUGGAACGUUUGGUCAACAUGUAAUGUAGUCUACUGAAUGGAACGUUUGGUCAACAUGUAAUGUAGUCUACUGAAUGGAACGUCUGGUCAACAUGUAAUGUAGUCUACUGAAUGGAACGUCUGGUCAACAUGUAAUGUAGUCUACUGAAUGGAACGUCUGGUCAACAUGUAAUGUAGUCUACUGAAUGGAACGUCUGGUCAACAUGUAAUGUAGUCUACUGAAUGGAUCAUCUGGUCAACAUGUAAUGUAGUCUACUGAAUGGAACGUUUGGUCAACAUGUAAUGUAGUCUACUGAAUGGAACGUCUGGUCAACAUUUAAUGUAGUCUACUGAAUGGAACGUCUGGUCAACAUGUAAUGUAGUCUACUGAAUGGAACGUCUGGUCAACAUGUAAUGUAGUCUACUGAAUGGAACGUUUGGUCAACAUGUAAUGUAGUCUACUGAAUGGAACGUUUGGUCAACAUGUAAUGUAGUCUACUGAAUGGAACGUCUGGUCAACAUGUAAUGUAGUCUACUGAAUGGAACGUUUGGUCAACAUGUAGUCUACUGAAUGGAAUGUUCAACAUUUCUCUUUGAUUAGUAAUUACAAAGUUACCACACUUUUGUAAUAUAUAACAAUUAAUUGAUUUCUUGCAUGAAAAUACCACACUUUGACAAAAUGGUCUCCAUGUUGUUUUUGUGUUGACAGAACUGGAGAAACUGAGUAGUCAUUUCCAGCUGCUGUCAGCCCUGCCAGCGGCCACACGUUCCUCUCUGCUGCAGCUCCUCAAGACAACCAUGGAGGAUGGAGAGGCAGUCAGUGUGCUGGAGAGUGUGGUGAGUGGGACGUACAGAAACACGGGCCAAACACACACACACACAACUAAUGGCAGGAAUGAAUAUAUCAACCAGAAUAUCUGUAACACACUCUCUGUUUUAAAUAUACUCUCUCUCUUGGCAUGGGAAACAUAUGUUUACAUUGUCAAAGCAAGUGAAAUAGAUAAUAAACAAAAGUGAAAUAAACAAUAAAAAAUGAACAGUAAACAUUACGCUCACAAAAGUUUCAAAAUAAUAAAGACAUUUCAAACGUAUAUACAGUAUUGUAAUGAUGUGCAAAUAGUUAAAGUACAAAAGGGAAAAUAAAUAAACAUAAAUAUGGUGAUUGUUCUUCACUGGUUGCCCUUUUCUUGUGGCAACAGGUCACAAAUAUUGCUCCUAUGAUUGCACACUGUGGUAUUUUACCCAAUAAAUAUGGGAGUUUAUCCAAAUUGGAUUUGUUUUCGAAUUCUUUGUGGGUCUGUGUAAUCUGAGGGAAGUAUGUGUCUCUAAUUUGGUCAUACAUUUGGCAGGAGUUUAGGAAGUGCAGCUCAGUUUCCACCUCAUUUUGUGGGCAGUGUGCACAUAGCCUGUCUUCUCUUGAGAGCUAGGCCUGCCUUCGGGUGGCCUUUCUCAAUAGCAGGGCUAUGCUCACUGAGUCUGUACACAGUCAAAGCUUUCCUUAAUUUUGUGUCAGUCACAGUGGUUAAAUAUUCAGCCACUGUGUACUCUCUAUUUAGGGCCGAAUAGCAUUCUAGUCUUUUUGUUAAUUCUUUCCAUCGAGUUAAGUAAUUAUAUUUUUGUUUUCUCAUGAUUUGGUUGGGUCUAAUUAUGUUGCUGUCCUGGGGCUCUGUGGGGUCUGUUUGUGUUUGUGAACAGAGCCCCAGGACCAGCUUACUUAGGGGACUCUUCUCCAGGUUAAUCUCUCUGUAGGUGAUGGCUUUGUUAUGGAAGGUUUGGGAAUCGCUUCCUUUUAGGUGGUUGAAUUUAACGGCUCUUUUCUGGAUUUUGAUAAUUAGCGGGUAUCGGCAUGAUAUUUUUGCAGAAUUCUGCAUGCAGAGUCUCAGUUUGUCCCAUUUUGUGAAUUCUUGGUUGGUGAGGUGGACCUCAGACCUCAUAACCAUAAAGGGCAAUGGGUUCUAUAACUGAUUCAAGAGUUUUUAGCCAGAUCCUAAUUGGUAUGUCGAAUUUUAGUUCCUUUUGAUGGGAUAGACGGGCCGCUUCUUGCCUGGUCCCGUCUUGCCAGAGAGAGAGGAAAAGAGAGAGAGAGGAGAGAGAGAGAGAGAGAGAGAGAGGAGAAGAGAGAGAGGAGAGGAAGAGAGCGAGAGAAGAGAGAAGAGAGAGAAGAGAGAGAGAGAGAGAGAGAGAGAGAGAGUCUCUCUUUCUCUCUCUCUCUCUCUCUCUCUCUCUCUCUCUCUCUCUCUCUCUCUCCCUCUCCCCUAUCUCUGUCUCUCUCUCUCUCUCUCUGGUCACAGCUGGAUCAGACGUCUGAUGGUGAGACUCCUGACCUGGGUGAUCUGGAAGAGUCUGAGAGGGAGACAGUCCAGGCCAUACUGGAUGUUGUAGACCAAUGUGUUGGGGAGGAUGAGAUCAGAUCCUCACUUCUCACUGCCAUCCACCUCAUUGUCAGUGCCAUGGACGGUGAGAUAGAGAGCAGUUUCCACAGGAUUCUGUGUUAUUAUUUGAUCAGGUACUGGGAAACUAGGUUCACUACUGUGGUUUUAUAUGUGUGCAUAUUUAUUUCUUCAGGAAUGACAGAUGAGGGUCUCUCUGUGUUGGGAUCCUGUUGCAGUCCUCCAAUCUUACAGGCCCUGCAGAUCCUGGUGAGUUCACACCUGCUUGAUUGAGCCUCUAGUCCUGUAUGGCCAUUUAUAAAAGAGUGCAUGUAAGCUUCUUCCUGUGCUGCUUGUCCUCCAGGUGCAGCAUUUGGCAGCAGGGAGUGGGGAGACCCUCUCUCUGAGAGAUGCAGGUCUGGCUGUUCUGACUGAGGAGGAGGUGUUUGGGAGGACAGAGAGUCUCUUUGCCCUCUCCAAUGUGGAACUUGCAAGAUUGAACACGGACGCAGAGUUCACAAUGACUUCAAUUAUCUCUCCUGGACAACUUCCUCUUGUCACGAGUAUCGCUGUGAACGGCUUGGCCUCUUUAGGAUUGAUUUAG